UCGUCUUCCUCUCUCUCUCUCUCUCUCUCUCUCUCUCUCUCUCAUGUUAUAUAGGAAUAGUAGCAGUAGACAGAUAAGGCUUUUCUCUCUCUACACAUCACUCUCUCAGCAGUUACGCUGCUGUAAUCCCCAAACCUAAUUCCCCCUCUCAUUCUAUUCACCUGCCAUCAUUUCGCAUUUCCUUUUUGUUUCUGCCUCAACAAUUUCGGAGGAUUUCUCCUUUUUUCCUGUUGACUUGCGAUGCCGCUCCUGAGAGCGGAGGUCAGGAAUGAGUACGCGCUUGGAGCUCCGGAGCUCUACAGAGAGGCCAAUAAGGACGAACCCAAGGAGAUUCUCCAAGGAGUCGCCGUCGCCGGCCUCGUCGGCGUCUUACGUCAGCUCGGUGAUCUCGCUGAGUUUGCAGCAGAAGUUUUUCAUGGGUUGCAGGAAGAAGUGACCAUUACAACUGCUAGAAGCCAUAAGUUGAUGGCACGUGUUCGACGAGUUGAAUCUGCCCUUUCUCCGCUUGAGAAGGCUUUACUGGCUCAAAGGAGUCACUUACACUUUGCCUAUACUUCUGGUUCCAAUUGGCAUACGCGGAUCCGAUGUGAACAAAAUCAUUUUAUAUACAGUGACGUGCCCCAAUUCAUCACAGAAUCUUAUGAAGACUGCCGUCACCCACCUUGUUUGCAUAUGCUUGAUAGGUUUGAUGCUGGUGGUCCGGGAUCAUGCUUGAAAAGGUAUUCAGAUCCAACUUUUUUUAAGAGAGCAUCAGUGACAUCUGGUGAAGCUAGUAUAGACAAGAGUUCAAAAGAAAAGAAGGCUCGCAAGGCUAAGAAAAGGAGGUCACGUCCCAGGAAUGAGGAAAUGUCAAGAGAUGCAUCAUUUUCUUAUAACAAUCACAGAACACCGUUCACUCAGCAGAGCAUUGGUGGUGGACAUAUUUCCCCUACUCAAACAGCAUCAACAUAUGAUACUAUGAUUAGAUCAGAUUUGGGUGAGCAGUCAAAUUUGGAUUUAAGAAAUGGGUCUGGCUACAUUGAAGGUGAUUUCCGUCCAAGUUACUCAGUGGAACCUGAAUCAAGAGAUUCCAUUUCUUCUGCAGUAAAGAGGCACGAGAAUGAUUUUCUAGAUUACAGUUUCCUCGAGGAAAAAGUUACAGAUGUUUAUGAUACUAUUGAAGUGGGCACUCAAGAGCAGCCUGGAUGUAGUUCAUCUUCAAUCGCUUGGGAAGAAAAGAGAAAAUCAUUUGAACCUACAUUACAAGAGUUGAACAUUGAUGGCGUGGUACAGGAAUAUAAUCAUAAUAGACAGUUAGAAUCAUUUUCUCUGAAUUUGGACAUGGAAACGCUUGGAGAUAAGUGUCCAGAUUUUGAAAUUGUUGACCAAAUGAUUGAUCAGUCUUGUAAUGAAGCUGAUGGUGAAGCAGAAGAAGAAUCUGGUAAUGUUCAUCUAGAUGACAUAGAAAGUGAAACUGAUAAUUUUAUGGAUGCACUUAACACCAUCGAAUCUGAAUCAGAAACCGAUUUAGACAGCACAAGAAAGCAAGUUGCAGAGCAUCAAUCUAAGAUGAAGGAGAAAAGAGAAGAUGAUGAUGAGUGCGAGCUAAAAAGGCACGAUUUGGAAUGCCGAUCUUCAUGUCCAGAAUCUGAUGUUAUGGCCGGCAGUCCUCUGAUCAAUGGUAAUCCCACUUCUCAUGGAGACAGUAUAAUUCCAAUGCCUCAAAAGUCCUCUUAUGCGACUGACUUUAUUGAUGAUGCAUCACCAGAGGAUGAUCUUAACUCAGUAUCCCUGAUGAACAAGGACUUAGAAUCAUCUCAAAGAAGUGGCGGUUCAGCCACUCCAAUCCGCCCCAAGAGAAAUGAUGCUCAUGGCAAUGAUAAUGUUGAUGCUGAAAGUAACAAUGAAGUUGUUCCAGCCACUGUAUCAUCUAACUAUGGAGAUGGAAGGCUAGCCCCGAUUAGUGACGAGACAGCGAAAAGUCUGGAAUCUCAAAAUCUUGGAAGUUUUGAGCAUAAUUUGGAAUGUCAAUCUUCAAGUCCUGAAUCUAAUGCUGUGGCGAGCAGUCCUCUGGCCAAUGGUAGUUGUGGACAUACUCUCAUCCCAACAUCUCAGAAGUCUCUUCAUGCAACUGUCUGUGUUGCUAGUGAAGCAUUGCGAGAAGAUGAUGUGAACUCAAUCCCCGAGAUGAAUAAUAGUUUACAAUCAUCCCAAAGGUCGGAAGAUGCUCUGAGUUCAGGCCACCCAAAAAGCAGUGGUUCUCAUGAAAAUGGUAUUGUUGGUGUUGGCAUGUAUGUUGAAUCUGUUUCAUCCACUGUAUCAUCUAACUUGAGAGAUGGAAGGCCAAGACCGGUUACUGAUGGAACAAGGAAAAGUUCAGAAUCUCACGGACAUGUGCCAGAAAUUUCUAAUGUCACUCCAGUUUCAAUCUGGACAAAUGGUGGCUUGCUCGGACUCCGGCCAUCAAAACCGCCAGACUGCAGCGUACAGAAUGCUCUUCCUCAAGAUCCAGAGUAUAAGAAGGAUGUGAAUAAUAAUUCUUCUAUCCAGCAUUUCAUUCUUAGUGAUAAUUCAGGUAAACCAGAUCAACUAGAGACGUCCAGAAGCAUUGAAGAGGACCUCGAAAUGGAUAUUUCCAGCCAUGAAUACCAUGAAAGUGGUAUGAAUGUUAGAAAGGCAUCUUGGAAAAUAUCACCUGCCGACUUAGAAAUUAAUCUUGGAAAGUUCGGUGAUUCACUUUAUCAGCACAAUGCCAAAUCUACAGGAUCAAAUGUGCCCGCACCUGGAAGUUCUAUGCCUGCAAAUUCAGCUCAUCAAGAAAAUAGCACAAACUCAUGUCGGAUAUUUGGACUCAGCAAUAGAUUGCUUACGAAUGGAUCUAACCAAAAAUCAUUGCCUGGUGGGAGUGGCAACACUUAUUCUGCAGGCUCCAAAAAUGCUAAUGAUUUUGAGCUGAAAAAUUAUCGAAGUGUGGAAAAUGACAUGUUUUCUGGAAGAAGUAAAGAACUCUUUGGUGGUAAAUCUCCUAUAUUAUCACCAUCGUCAUCACCUCCACUGGAGCACAUGAAAAUAUCAUUCCAACCAAUAAAUGGAUUUGAAAGUUCGAAGCUGAAGUUGAAAUUCCCUGAUGGGAAGAAUAUGAAUGGAAGUGGUAGUGACAUAUACCCUUCAUUUCAGUUGGUUCCAGAGGUGUCUAUUCCUCGGUACAAUGUUGGUUCGGACUCUGAUGCUGACACAUUCUACCGAUCAUCACCUUCAUUGUCAGAUGAUUGCCAAAGCAAUCAGUCAGAAUCAAAUUCUGAGCAGUGGGAGUCAAGUGAAUCUCCAACUAGCAAGGACCGUGAUUUAUAUGAUGCCCUUCGCCGAAUCUCCCUGACAGAAUCUGUUUCAGAAGAUGGGAAGGCAAACCAGGAAAAUAUCCCUGCCAACUUGGGAGUUCAAUUUCCUUUCAUUGAUAAUGGGGUUCAAAAGUCUGAGUCUUGUCGUUCGUUUGAUCUUCAAAGUUUAAGUACCAUAAAUAACUCGUUCAGAAAGGAAAGGAUUGAUUCCAACCCUAAGUACCUUGUGGAGCCACAAUUCUUGCCUUCUUCUGCUCUACCGCCUCUCCCUCCUUUUCAGUGGCGAGGUACGACGUCUAUGGAUGACAAGUCUGAUGCAAUGCCUGAAGGCUCCUACUAUGCUCUUGAUCUUACACGCUCAGCCUCAACCAUAUCUCAGCCAAAACCAGCCCCCUUAAGUGAAGAUCAAAAUGACACCACUUAUUUGCAGAAAAGCAAGCAGCUCAGUUCACAAAAGUCAAAUGGACAAAGACCAACAAGCCAGAGCAAGAGCACAGAUGAAAAUGACUUUCUGCACCAAAUCAGAACAAAAUCUUUUAGUCUGAGACCAACCAUGACGACAAGAUCAAUCGCACCAUCUGGGGCCCCUGCCACUGUCCAAGUCAAUGCAAUUUUAGAGAAGGCAAACGCAAUUCGCCAGGCUGUUGCAAGUGAUGCUGAAGAUGAUGGAACAUGGAGUGACGCUUAAUAAUCUCAAUUCAUGAUAUAAACUGGAAUUGAAACAGUCCAUUGGCCAUGAAAUUUUGAUGUACGAAUUCGACAGCAUGGUAAAUAUUUGUGAAUAAUCCAUCUCUGUAAUUAGUUUGUAGGGCCUUUAUUUGUAUGAUAAAAACGUUGUUCCUUUGUAGCUCAAAUUAUCUUGUGAAUUAGGUGGGGAAAAGAAAAAAUCUGAUGCCGGUUGACUAGUAGUAAUUUACAUACAUGCUUGGAUGUAAACUGCUAUACUUUUUAUUGAGUCACCUAUUUGUUAUA